AUGAGCGCACCUAGAGCCAUGCCAGUGUCUGAAAACAAGGAAGAGGCGAGAAGUGAAAGGGCCCUACCACCGGAGUUGGAUGUUGAGAAGAAUGCGCCGAGAGAGAUUCUGCACCGACAGGUCUCAGGACCGCCCUAUUCAGUGUUCAGCCCACGCAUGAAAACAUGGAUCAUUUUUCUCGUGUCCAUCUCAGCUCUAAUAUCGCCAUUUGGCGCGACCACGGUGCUUCCAGCUCUCAAUGUCCUCACGGGUGUACUGGAUAUAACGCCGACAAAGGCAAACAUAUCGAUUACUACAUAUAUGAUCGCACAAGCAAUUGCUCCAACCAUCAUCGGUGCCAUGUCGGAUACUAGCGGCAGACGAUUUUCCUUCAUCCUUUGCUAUGUCAUCUACAUCGUUGCCAACAUCGGACUUGCCCUUCAAACCAACUACGUAGCUCUGCUUAUCUUGCGUAUGGUUCAGGCUGUUGGGUGUAGCGCUGCCAUUGCCCUUGCUUUCGCUAUUGUAUCCGACAUAUCGACUUCCGCCGAGCGAGGGAAGUACAUGGGCUAUGCCGGUGCAGGCAUCUUGUGCGGUCCUGCAUUUGGUCCAACAAUCGGAGGUAUUCUGGCUCAGUUCCUGGGAUGGCGAUCGAUCUUCUGGUUCCUUGCGAUAUUCUCUGGCGUACUGCUUAUUUCUUUUGCGUUUCUCUUCCCAGAGACUUGUAGAAACGUGGUCGGCAAUGGAUCUAUCCCAGCACGAGGUAUCAAUCAGUCUGUCAUCAGUUGCAUACAACAGCGAAAACUUGCUAAGCAAUCAGCUCCCGCGGAGGACGACCACGAAAUCAAUUCUGAUGUUAAGCCAGCCAGGCGCAAGAUAUCGUUGAAUCCACUCGCUACGCUCCGUAUCCUGGGCGAGAAAGAAUCCUGCAUCAUCCUGCUCUACAAUGGCUUCUUCUUCACCGGCAUGAUGGUUACCACAUCGGCCAUUCCCGAUUUGUUCAAACAAGCUUACAACCUCAAUGAACUCGACGUCGGGCUUUGCUACAUUGCUAAUGGUAUCGGGUCGCUGCUCUCAUCCCUGACCAUGGGUCAUGUGGUGGAUUGGAAUUUUCGGCGUCAUGCUGCAAGGCUAAAUAUGCCUAUAUCGAAGGGCAAACAACAAGACCUGAGCAACUUUCCAAUCGAAAGGGUGAAGCUUGAGAUUGUUAUACCCGGUCACAUCAUUGGAAUUGUCGGCUUGAUAAUGUUCGGCUGGACAGUCGAUUUCCAAACACAUCUUGCUGGUCCGGAGAUCGCACUGUUUAUCCUUGGUUUCGGUGUAUCAACCGCGUUCAACAUCACAAACGGGCUGCUUAUUGAUCUGCACCGCGAUAAGCCUGCUGCAGCCACUGCUGCGAUCAAUUUCGUCCGGUGUCUGAUGAGUGCUGGGGGCUCGGCAGCUAUCAUACCCAUGUGCGCGGCGAUGAACCCUGGGUGGGCUUUCACGUUCAUUGCUCUGGUGUAUGUCGUGUUAAUUGCCGUGGUGGUGUGGAUCAUGCAAAAUGGAUUGAGAUGGAGACAAGAGGCUGCAGAAAGCUUGAGGCUAAAAGCUGACGCGCAUGGCGAGGAAGUAACAACGCGUCGAACUCUAUAG